AUGGCGUCCGAAUCCAAUGCCCCGGAGGAGGACCGCCCUGCUACCAUACUCGCCGGCCUGGGGCUGGAGAACAUCCUACCGGUCAGUAUGAACAGACGAGAUAGAUCCAAGUCACGGACGCGGCCGUCUACUACACCGCACAUGGAGCGAUCCGUAUCGUCCAUGGAGAGCAGCUUCAUGUUGGACCAUUGGAACCCACAGUCGCAGACAAGUGACGGCGCAAGCAGUCCAGACGCUCAUGCCUCAAGCUCCAAGGACGGAGACAAGCUCACUCCAAUCACCAACUGGGCGCAUCUGUCCUACAUCAAGAGCCAGCGCAACAAUCUGCGCGCAGAGCUCAAAGCUCACCAGAUCGCCGGCGCCGAAGCGAAGCAGUCGGUGGCUUCUUUGCGACGUAUGGCGUUCCGCAUGGCUGUCAACAUAUCCGUGAAGGAGAAGCAAAUCGCAACAAGCGCACGAAACUUGAUCAGAAGCAGGAAGAGCCACUACCUAGAUGGGAGAGACGCAGAGAAGAGAAUUGAGGAGUUGAGAAGGUCUCUGCGCAUUGAAGAAGGCAGGAACAAGGAGAUAUUGGAAGCUCUGGAGAGGGCUUCUAUGCUAACGUUGCAGUACGCCAACCCGAAGUCACAAUCGCAACAUCGGCGUCAACCGAGCCCGCUCUCUCCUCCUCCGUCACCGCCGACUCAACUUGCCAAUCUCCCCGAGAGCCCACUGCAACCGACUACAACACCGACACGCCCAAGUUCUUCGGAAUGGCAUGACACAGACUGGGAGCUCAACCCUGACUACAACCGCGUCGCCGAGAUACGUACCUCUGACAGCCGCUUGAUUAAAGCCAAGCGCGAUUCUGACCACGCUCUCGCUGCCUGCCGCAACCGAAUCGCUGCAUUACAAGCAGAGUGUAUAAAAGGCAGAGGGGAUGGCCGACUGCUAGAAUCAGCAAGGGACGAGCUUACAGAGGAAGUACGCAGCCACAAGGCUCAGAUCACUGAACUGGAGCACUCAAGAGCUAGCGUGACAGAGACAUUAAAGGCUACUCAAGCACAGCUAGCAGCUCUGACGGCCUCUAGAGAGACCUUGGAGCGGGAAUUGCAAGCGAAGAACAAGGAGAUUGUGGGGCUGGAGCAAAGCAAUGCGCAAAAGCUAGGCGUAAUUGAGGUCCUGGAGAAAGAGAAAGCAGUCUUAGAACAGCGACUCGAUGAAGGCGAAGCUCGCCUACAGGAACUCGAGGAUCACGCUGUCACCUUGGAGACGAGCUUGUGUGUGCUGCAGCAAAAGCUUGAGAGGGCUGAGCAGCAGGAAGAGGAUCUUCGCCAUCAACUCGCAGACAAGGACGCGGCGCACGCAGACGCGCAGAAGCGUCUCGACAGAGGUACCCAGUACAUGCAGCUCCUUGAGCAGAAGAUCACAGGGUACGAAGCGACUGUUGCGGAUAAUGACAAGAAGAUCAAAGUGAGUGGCGACGUAAUUUCAGCUCUACGCGACCAAGUCAACGAUGCAACCAGCCACAGAAAGGAUUCGGAGGAAGCUAUGGUCGUCCUGCGAAGGGAAGUUUCGACAUUGCAGUCACACUUCGAUGAAGAGACCAAAGAGCGCAGCGCUCUGGCGAAAGAGCUGGACGAAGUUCGAGGUAUAAAGAGCAAGCUUGAGGUCAACUUCCGCGCGUUGAAUGAACGCUAUCAAGCAGAGAACAGCGCAAAGAACAGACUCCAAUCUGAGCUAGAUACGCUAUACUUAUCCUACGAGAAUCUGGAGACGGACCUCGAAAGUGCCCGCGAACGUGUCGGACAACUGGAGCAACGGAUCGAGUCUGAAAACCAGGCGAAGCUCAGGAGCCUCAAGGACUCGAAGACAGACCUUGAAUCCCAGUUGAAGUGGACACAGGAGUCGUCGUUGCAGCUUUCAAAGGAGCUGGAGGGAAGCAGGGAUGCGCUUACUGCCAUCGAAGUCGAGAAGGCUCAACUUCAAGAGAAACUCUCUAAUUCCGAACAUCUAGUAUUCGCCCUCGAAGUUGAGCUGCGCGAGGCUCACAGCGCGAAGGCUGAGGCUGAGGCACGACUGGACAACGAUCUACAGACGAGCAACGAGCAACUUCGAGAAAUGGAAGCAUCAGUGGCGGCCCUCAAAGAGUUAUUGCAAGCGUCCGAGCGCCUGAAGACAUCAUUACAACAGGAAUUGCAACAAGCCCAGUCGUCCAAGGAUGAAGCUGAACUGCGGCUGAAGGAGGUCAGAGCGUCGAAAGCGGUCCUACAGAGUCAGUACGACGAGACUUGUGCUCGCAUGAAGUAUACGGAACGCGAGAGUCAAAGGCUCAAGACAAAUGUGCAGCAGCUCGAGGAGGACCUGAGCUCGAGCCACACGUCGAAGGCCGAGCUCGAAGGCCGCCUUGACACUGCGCAAAACGAAAGCAGAACCCUCAAGGUCCUUGCCUCGGAGCUCGAGAUUGCAUUCAAAGACAGUUGUGACGCAAAGGCGAAAGUCGAGGAGUGUCUACACAUCAUUCAAAUGGAUGGUGAAGCGUCCGGAGCUAAGAUUGCGGACCUGCGCGACCAGCUGAACGAAACAUCAAGCGCGAAAGAAGAGGCGGAAGCUAAACUUCGAGAUCUCAACGUAACAACAGCUAAUUUGGAACGUCAACUUCACUCAGCGCAGUCCAGGCUGGGCGAGGUCGAACAAGUACUGAACGAACGUCAGUCAGAGUUGACUGCUUUGCAAGAAGUUAUUGCACGAACCCGGCAGACCAAGGAUGAAGCUGACCAGCAACUCACCACCUUGCAAGCUUCUCAUGUUAUGCUCGCGAGCGAAUUGCAGUCAACCAAGUCUCAGUUGACAGCAGCUGAGGCUGAAACGGAUUCUUUAAGCCGCAGGCUAUCUGCGUCCGAAGAAGAACUUGUAGCUGUUCACCGCAGCAAAGCCAAUGUUGAAAGCGAGCUCGAGAAGUCGAUGGAAGCCAAUGCGGAUCUCAAGAGCCAACUGAACGUCACCCGGAAACAUAAGGCCGAUGUUGAAAGCCAGCUUCAUAGCUUGACCGGCUCCAACGCCGAACUCGAGAAAGACCUUGCAGCAUCUCGGUCGCGUGUAUACGAACUUGAGAUAGCGAGGACUGGACUCACUUCUAAGUUGACCAGCGCGGAAGAGGAAGUUGCAACCCUCCGACAGGCCAGGACCGACAUCGAUGAGAAGCUCACUGCUGCAUUGGGCUCCAAAGAGGAGCUUGAACAAAAACUCGCAGUAGCUCGAUCGUGCCUGGACGAGCUUGGAACGGAACGAUCUGGAUUGAGCUUCAAGUUGGCGAGCGCAGAGGGUGAAAUGGCAAAUCUCAGACAGGUCAAAGCACUGCUCGAAGCCAAGCUUGAGAGUGUCAUGCACGAAAGUGGCACAUUCCAGAGGGACCACGACACUCUAGCUCUACGAUUGAGUACUCUGGAGGCAGACAAGGCAGGCAUCGAUGCCGAAAUCGCCCAAAAUGUCAAGGAACUCGAGUGUGUGCGACAAGAAAGAGCGAGCGUAGAGGAACAGCUCCAGGACGCUUCGAAACGCCGCAACACCGACCUCGAGCGUGAUCUACAUGCGGCUCAAAUGCGACUCGACAUUGCGGUGUCUGAGGGUCUUGUACAGGACGCUCGAGGGCUUGAGGCUGACGAGGAGCUCAAGAUCCUGCGCGAGACGAACGCUAAACUGGAAGCGACUGAGAGUGAUCUCCUUCACCGACUUGCCUCAGUUGAAGAGGACCUCAACAGUGUACGGGCAACAAACGCACGACUGGAGGAGUUCCUGAGCAGAGUUGAGUCUGAUAUGGUCACUACAGAAGCUGCGUUCGAAGAGAGCGAGAGGCGUCUGGAAGGUUUCGUUCAAGAAUCUGAGGCUAAGCUGGAAGAGUCGCGGAGCUCGAAACUGAAGUACAAGCGCAGGCUUUCAGAAAAAGAACAUGAGAUUGAAGAUCUGGUCAGCCAAAACUCUGAGCUACAUCACCAGAUCGAUGACCAGGCAGAGGAACUGACCCGUCUUAACAAGGGUAAGGAGAAGAUGGCCGAAAAGCUACACGACAGGGAGCAGUCUAUCCAAGAGCUCAGUUCAUCGAGCGACAAACGGCUCAAAGAGAUCCAUGUGGCGUACGACGGCCUUAAGAGAGAUCACGAUAGCCAGGUACAGAAGCAGCGACAAGUCAGUGAUGAGUCACACAAGCACAGCAGCAGCCAUCUGCGCAGCGAGAUGCAGGCCAAGGACGCUACGAUUAUAGAGCUUCGACAGGGCAAGCAUGAGUUCGCCAUGUCGUUCGCAUCGCUGGAGCAAGAAGUGCGUGAGCUCCGAGAAGACAAAAAGGCGUUCGAAAUACUUGUAGCUACUCUGCAGGAGAAGAUUCACCAUCUUGAGGUCCUUCAAGAAUGGCAUAGCCCUUCGGAGUCUAGUGCACCUGCAACCCCCUCGCGGACAAGGGACCACAUUGAUCUUCGUAGUCAGCCAAGUAGGGCAUCAACCCGUGCUAGCAUAGGCUCAUCACCAGAGGACCUCGAUGAGUGGGCGAAGGAAGUAGAGCGCAUCCGCAUGCAGCGAAAUGAGCAGGUGAUCAAGCUGAAGGGUAUGCGCAAAGAGCGCGACGACCUGAAGAGGACCCUCAAAGAGAGUGAGCACCAGUUGCACGAGCUUGAGAAGCGGGGACGAUCGUAA